GUAAAAGAGGUGUAUAGACGUAAAGUUACAAAUAUUUAGUUUAAUAAUAUAAAAUUGGAAUAAUUAAAAGUAAUUAUUUAGUGCUGUAUGUAAUUAAAGUGUCAAUGAACAAGCUCCUCAUGAUUUUACGGUACUCACAGAAAAGUCUGUUGAAUUAAAUCAAAAAUUUUAUUUCGACUCCUCGAAGCUACGCGGCUGACGAUAAAAAAAUGUCGGCAGAAUUAAUUUUCGCAAACUAUAAAUGCACGAACUGUCAGGAAACAAUAUCUGGCGUGAGAGUACAAUGUCAUGUAUGUCAGGAAGUUGAAUUAUGUCUGCAAUGUUUUGCUGCUGGAGCUGAAAUGGGGGGACAUAAAAACACUCAUUCCUAUCAGUUUCAUGAUCCUGGGGCGAUAACAAUAUUUCGUGGUAAAGGAAGUUGGUCAGCUUUAGAAGAACUUCGCUUAUUAAAAGCCGUAGAACAUUAUGGCUUCGGAAAUUGGGAUGAUAUAUCGAAAGACAUAGAAACAAAGAGUGCUGAAGAUGCUAAAGAAGAAUAUAUUAAUAAAUUUCUCAAUGGAACAAUCGGUCGGCACACCUGGCAGUUAGAAAAUGAUCAAAGACCGAUUCUUGUUGAUCACACUGCAGGAGAUGAUCUCACAUUAGAUGAACUUCAGGUUGAGAAGUUCUCAGAAGCGAGUCUUGAAAUAUCAUCAGAACAAGCAGCUCAAUUAGGAUACAUGCCAAAUCGUGAUGACUUUGAGCGUGAAUACGAUCCAACGGCGGAACAAUUAGUUUCAAACUUAGCAUUAACGCCGGAAGAUGAUGAAAUUGAGAUUGCUCUGAAACUCGCACAAGUCGAUAUCUACAACAGAAGACUGAAGGAACGUACAAGAAAGAAAAGACUUGUGCGCGACUAUAAACUUAUUCACGAAUUUUUCCGUAAAUUUGAGAAUGGAAAAGCCAAAAAUGUGAAUCAAACAAAAGAUGAGCGAGGAUUGCGAUUAAGUUUGAAAAACUUUCGUCAGUUCUAUUCAAAUGAAGCAUUUGAGAGACUCAUCCAUUCUCUUGAACGUGAACGUAUCCUGCGAAUAAGACUAACCGAAUUAUGCCGAUAUCGGUGGAAUGGACUGACAAAGAUUGACGAAUGUGAUCAUUUUGAGAAGCAUGCAGCCGCAAAUCAGCAUCGAAGCACGGGACCAUUCGGUCAUGGAAAAACGCUUGCAUGUCUGAGUGGCUCAAAUGGGCAACAAAAAGCACAAGGUGGUUACGUUCGUCAUAUUUUAGCCGGCUCACCAAAGCGAAGUCACUUUUCCUCAUCACGAAGACAAAUUGGGAACGGGCAUGUCAGCGAGAUAUCAUCAGCAACGUCUGGAACUAAUGGAACCACCAAAAAGAGAAGACGGCGAAAGGGAAACAAACUCAAAUUUCACAGGCCAAAGAUUCAUGCACCACACCGUCGCCCCUGCCUUCUUCGACGGAUCAUCCAGCAGCAAAAACUCCUUGGAUAAUCAAUCCACGGUUGAUCCGAUGCAGCUUGGCGCACAUUUAUUAUCGUUUAACGAAUCUCAACUAUGUUCAACAUUGAAUCUGCCGCCAACGCGUUAUUUGACCAUUAAAACUGUUCUUUUGAGCAACCCGAAGCUCUCAGAAAUUGAGCCACCGGAGAAAGUGAUUUUGAAGCAUUUGAGCAAUUCUGGUUGGGUCAGAAAAACGUCAAAAGAUUAAGACAACUUGUCAUUCGUUUUGACAUUUGACUUAGCAAAAAUUGUCACUUAUUCCUGGCCUGUAACUUUCUCGAGAUAAAAGCUCUGUUGAGGAGUCAAAAUAGAUCCUCGAUCAUUUUUUUACCAAUUUAGUUCAAUUUCAAACAAAAAUCAGAAAAGAAAUAAAAAUUUAAAAGUGCUAGAAAAGUGAAUUUUGUUCGUUCUUUUUUUAAUUCAAGUAGAUAUAUUAAUAAAAAGAAAAACUUAAAUAAGAAUCACCAA